ACCAAUGAUGGACCCUCGAGCUCAACGUGCCUCUAGUGACUGACACAUCAGAAGAAGGAAAUCUAUUGGAUUUAUUACAAAACAACCACAUCUGUCUUCACUAAAGACAGCAAGAAGUUUGAUCAGUUGAGUGGAGUUUAUUUCGUGAUUAUUUUUUUCGCAUUUGAUUUUUGUGUCUUGGUGACCUGGCUGUCAUUACGCGGUAUUGAUGGACACACACACGUUGUUGUUGCUGCCGGACCCCUCGCAGUGAUAUUUAGUAGACAUCAUGUUUCUAUGCAACACAAGUGCAAUCAAAGACUGGAGCUAUUUCCUCUCUCAGAUCCUGCCUCUGAUCAACAAGACGUCUGGCUUGGUCCAUCAGGGCCUCAUCUACGAAGCGGAGGUGGCCACCACCACCAUGGUGACUGCUCUGGAGCCGGACCUGAGCGGGAUAAGCGCCAGUCACCCGCCGCUGAACUCGAAUCACACCUCUGGGAUGGAACAUAUCUUUCAGUACUCGGAGAGUGACCUUUUGUAUACGGACAACAGGACGCCAGCCCGGGACUCCAUCCCGCUGCCCAAGGCCGUGCUCUACCUUGUUUGCGCGGCGCUAGUGGUGGUUGCGGUGGUAUAUGCUAUAGUGGGACACCUGGUCAAGGAUCUGGUUACAGAGUUUGUAGACUGCAGGUUGUUUGGUGGCUGCAGAGUGACCAACAGGAGUAAGAGUGACAUAAACUGUAUAACCAACAGUGUGAACGAGAUGAGUGAGAUGAGCGAAAGGCCACGGUCGGCGGAGAUGAACUACAUUACCUGUAACCACAGUAACUGCCUGGGGGCGACGGCCCAACCAGAAGAACUCAUAGUGACCAUAGACGAGACGUUACAGCUGCCCCGGGAUACACACACUGGGACCUAAACCUUGGACAGAACCGUUAUCUGAUAUUGGAUAAGAGAGAAAGGAAACAGACAGUUUGCUUGGGUUUCCUUCAUAAAUGGGGCAACCUAGUCUAUCACAAACCGAUAUCCACUGUCCAUUACAGUACAGCAGUGGGAUCAUCUGAUGUUUGUCAUGAGAGGUUGUUAACAUGAGGACAAAAAGUAUUGAAAAGUCUUAAAACAAAGGAGAUGGAACAUUUUGCAGCACUGGAUGCAAAAGUUUGACAUUGAACUGGAUUUAUCAUUACCGUGACGAUGAUCUGAAACAGUUAGUUUUUCUCAGAGGAAUAACUAACAGUUGGAUUUAAAAUGGCAGUACAGUGUUGGAGUGGACGGAUACCUUUUCUGAAUUUCACCAUCCUGUCACUCAUCAUUGUGGCUUGUUCUUGGUAAGCCCUUGCCUAUACACAUUGCACUCUCUAAAUGUGAUCCAAAUAUUUGACUGUGACCCCUCUCUCGUUCACACACACACACACACACACACACACAC